ACAGAUUUUUGUUUGUGUUGUUCAGGGCUAAACUGCUCCACCUUUACCAUCAUGCGAUUUUUAUAUAGAUUAUUACCUGUUUCGCGCCACUGAUUUGCAAUUCAGACUAGGGAUUUCGGAUCAAGCCAUAUCUAUCUCACCUUACAAGCUACACUGUAUGGAUGUUGAGUACGAUGCUACGUUUGAUGUUUCUUUUCCGGUGAUAGACCACCGCAAUAGCCAUUUGCCAUUUGCUAUGCUGCUAGUGCUGGAUACGUGACUAACCUCAGUUUUCGGCAAGGUGUUGAUUUAAUUUUUUUAUCUCUUAAUCGAGGCAAAGUUUAGAUGGCCCCACGUGUAAUAUAAGUUUUAUAUCCGUGAAGUCAUUACCGAGAGCCAAUGAAUAAAUGAAGAAUAUAUUUUCCUAAGUUUUUGAGGUAUAUUACAUACCGCCAUAUGAAGAUCUGAUGUAUUAAUGCCUCACCGUAUAAAUGUUAUGGGACGACUUUCCAUCAAAAUUUUCAUGUCCAAGAUAUUUCAAAUUGUAUAUUCUUUCCCAGAUUUUCUUUUAAAUUAUUAAUGUACACAUUUAUUGUUUUUAAAUGACAAACGCGUUCGUAUUAUUGCGUGACUUAACGUGGAAUCUAGACAAGCUCUUCUGGUGGCUUUGGAAAGCCGAUUUCAUUCGUCACAGAUGCUUAAAGAUGUACAUUAAUUAUCCUUUCCUUGUCUGUGGAAUACAGACCGGUCAUUUGAAGUUUGACAGCAAAUGUCAGAAGCGAGCUGAAUGUGUGCGAAGGAAGUUUAGUUUGGCUGUUUGAUCAGUAUUUUGACUGUUUUUCCACUAUUUACUUUUCAGCACUAAAAGCAAACGUUUUCUGCUCGUAAAUAAGUUAAACAUCGAAUUGCAAGAAAUAUUUAAAAUGGAAAGUACGCCUGUGGCAACAAAACCUCCAAAUGAAUCGACAUAUAUUCUAGAAGGGCAGCAAUCGGUGGAAGAUUCUGCAGUGCACAAUGACACUGAGCAACUUUUGGAGGAUGACAGUAGAGGACAAAAGAAGUCUAGCCUUGCUUAUGCCAGUUUUAACUACAUUAAUUCAAUCAUUGGAAGUGGUGUCAUUGGUAUACCAUAUGCCUUUAGUGAAUCAGGAUUUGGAAUUGGACUUGUUCUUCUUACUGUAGUUGCUUUGAUGACUGACUAUUCUUUGGUCUUAAUGGUACGAAGUGGACAUUUGAGUGGAAGUUUUACUUACCAAGGAAUAAUGCAGGCUGCAUUUGGAAAACCUGGUUAUUUUGUUUUGUCAGCCCUGCAGUUUCUGUACCCUUUCAUUGCCAUGAUCAGUUAUAAUGUGGUUGUUGGAGAUACACUAACCAAAGUAGUGAUUAAUGUGUAUCACCAAGAAUCUGUAUUUGCGAGUCGUCCAUUUGUCAUUGGAAUGGCAAACAUCUUCGUAACAGCACCACUUUGUUUGUACCGGGAAUUAGAGAAAUUGAGCAAAAUUUCAUUUGCAUCUCUUGUGUGUGUUGGUUUUAUCCUGAUUGCUGUUAUUGCAAGGAUAGAGCCUUUGUUGGAGGUAGUUCCACCAGGUGAAUGGACAGUUGUGAAUAAGGACAUGCUACCAGCUAUUGCAAUAAUGGCAUUUGCAUUCAUGUGCCACCACAACACUUUCUUGGUGUACGGUUCAAUUAAGGAUGGUAACCAGCAGCUUUGGAACAAAGUAACUCACAUAUCUGUUACAACAUCCUACAUAGUCACACUGUUGUUUGGAAUUGCUGGUUAUGCAACAUUUAAGCAGUUUUCACAAGGUGAUUUGCUUGAAAAUUACUGCUGGGAUGAUGCAUUAAUAAAUGUUGCAAGAGUUAUGUUCUGUUUCACCAUCCUUCUUACAUAUCCAAUAGAAUUUCUCGUAACAAGAGAUGUCAUUCAAAACAUAAUGUCAGCAUACAGUUUAUGCCUAGAUUAUCCAAAAGCAGUACACUAUGGCUUAACAAUUGGCCUUAUUUUUUCUACAUAUCUACUGUCUUUGACAACUGAUUGUUUGGGCAUUGUCUUGGAACUUAAUGGUAUUUUGGCUGCUGUACCAAUGGCAUAUGUGUUGCCAGCAAUAAUAUACCUGAAGCUAGAAGAAGGUGGAUAUCUUGCUUAUGAAAAAGCUCCUGCUAUAGCUUUAGCACUUGCGGGAACAUUAUGUGCUGUUGCAGGAUUUGCAUCUCUGAUAACAAACUUCCAUUCGGCAGCAUCCUGUAGCCAUGGCCACAUCAUGCAAUACUGCAACAUCACUAACUAGGAUCUACGCCUGGCAUGACUGUCAUACAUGCUUGGGUGUGUGUAGAUUUCUUUUAAAGAAUCACAGAAUUUUUUGUAAUUUUUGCACUGUAACUCAUUUUGCAGUUUAGUCACUGCACGUAAUGAAUCUCUCUUCCUCAGUAUAUUUUGCAGUAUUUGUUAAUUGGCCACUGGGAAUGAAAAUAAUUGUUUUCUGUGGAAUGAUAUUUUUACUGUUGUAUAUAUAUCUGUACCUGCACUGCAUUUGGUGAAAGUUCCUUUAUUGUACUUGUGAUCUCUGUUAGUUAUCUAGAGAAGAAAUGUGAACUUUUGCCUCACUAUUUUCCUUACCAAAAAUAAUGAAGGUAAAAGAUGAAAAUUUAAGCUUUAUGUUGCACAAUUUAUCAUUUUGCUCAGGAAAUAGUCUGUGUUCAUUGUUCUGCAGUUACUACUUCUGUUUGUAACUACAGAGAAUGCUUGGGCUGUGAGAAAAAAUAUUGUUAAGGACUAUUUGCUGUGUUAUAUAAAGAUGUUUUCUAUGCAUUACUUUGCAAGAGCAAUUUACUUUUUAUAUUAUAUUUAUUGUUUUGAUGCCAGUGGUAUAAGUAUCUUACAGAUACUAGUGUGAUUUUAAUUCAAAGGAUAAAUUUCAUAAGAUUCUAAUCUCACCAUUUGCUGAGAGAAACUCAGAACAAAUGGUUUUGACAAGUUACUACUGUUUCAAAAUACUAAAGUUUAAGAAAAGUUGCUGUCUUUCUCCAGCUUUUCAAAAGAGUAUUACAGUUAAAAUAUAUAAAGUAUUGAAGCUUGCAGUCUUCAUAAUUGCAAUAUAUUAAAUUGAUGGGCUUUCAUAAGUGGACCAACUUGUAAAAAUGUUACAAAUAUUAUACAAUGAAUAAAUAUAUUUCUGUCUUGCA